AGGGCCCGUCGCGAGCCACUUUGCUUGUCGACGAGCAGUACUUCGCAUCUCGAGCUGCAGACUGGCGUCUCACAUUGGAUCUGUAAUGCCAUCUUGCACCGGAUCUCUCCACCAGGCUGUGUUGGCUAUACGCUGUGGGAUGUCGAUACUGCGGGUAGAUGGUCUGACGAUUGUCUCUGCACCUAGUUCGCCUCGCUACGUGAUCAUGAUUGGGCUCGCGCUUGCUUGGCUUUGUUUCGACCUCCGGCUUCCGAUCUGUUCGUCUUCUUCCCACGCCUCUACUUUCCAACCCCACACGUCGGCGGUCCUUUCAUCGCGCAUCACUUACCGACCACUUCUUACAGAGUCGUUGGUCUGAUCGCUUUCGCCAUCGCUUGAGCUGGGGCGUCGCUUCACCAGAACCAAGUGAGGUGCUUUGUAGCCAAUUGACAUCAGCGAGAGUGCGU